ACAUCAAAGGCAGCUCCUCACCCCGGUCCUGCCAUGGACUGGUUCCACUGCGCUCGCUGCUUCCGCCAGGAUGGCACCCAGUUCACCAUCACCAGCUGUGGCCACAUCCUGUGUGAGGGCUGUGGGGACACAGGUCCCUGCCCAGUCUGUGCCACCGCCUGUCGCUACCUGCCACUAUCCCAGCAGGCCAGUGCCCACCAUGUUGUGCCCCAUGUCCACUUACCGCUUCCCACCCUUUUCCCCUCAUGUUUCCCAGCCUUCUUCCCAUCCUUUUCACGCCCCCAUGCCCAACAGAUGUGCCCGGAGGUGAAGGUUUUCUUCAAGAACCCAGUGGCCAUCGCCCUCAAGCACCUUGCCCACGUGACGCAGGUGUGGCGGUUCCAGCAGGCACAGGCACAGCUGCUGGUGGACUUACACCGGGACAGAGCUCGGCAGAUGCAGGCGGAGCUGGAGAAGGCCAGAGAGGAGCUGAGGGAGAUGAGGAGGGAGCUGGAUUCACUCCGCCAGGAGAAUGCAGAGCUGCGCCGCAUUCAGAUCUCCCCACAGCUGUCCCCGGGCUGGCGCUGGAGCAGCCGCAGCAGCACCCCCCGUCCCUCCCCCACACAGUCAGUCACCCCCCAGCCCCGCCGGCAGCUCAGCAGCCGAGUGGUCAGCCGCUUAGCCCCACUGGAACCCCCCCGGUCCCACAGCACCCCAGGAUGGCAGGCUGGCGUAGCCUACCGAGAUUCAAGGACCACUCUGGCCUCCAGCGUGGGGCUCUGCCCCGCGGCCGGCGAGGGGCGGGCGCUCCCAGUGGGACAGCGAUCCACGGCCAUAAAGGACAAACAGAGACCUUUGAAGGGAUCCAAGGCUCCCGGACAGGAGCUCCGGGACUUCCCUGGAGGUGGCUGGGCGCAGGAGAAAUAAAAAUUAUUUUUAAAAAUGCCAAUUUUGGGGUCAUUUUGAGUCCGUUUGUGGAGUAAGUGGCGUGGCCUCUACCUCGCGGCCCCGCCGGUUGAGUUGCCGGUGCUGCACCCCUAGUGGCUGUUGGCUCGGUGUGGGUGUAGCCUAAGGGUAAAGCGGAGUUUGGGGGGGAAAUGGAGGGAAUUGGAAAAAAUGGGUGAAACUGGGGGGAAAUGGAGGGUUCCGAGGUGGUCUGUGGAGGAGGGGGAGGGCUUCCGUCAUCUGGGGACAUCGCGGAUUGGUGGAAAUCCGUUAGCG